GCGACUCCAUACCUCGUUGAACUUGACACAUAGCACGUAGCACAGGCGCUUACUGAUGGUGAUUCAAAAGCUUGUCGUAUCAUCGGUUUAGUUGUCGCGAAAUCGCAAGAUGCUAGCUCACUGUGAUAUAUUUGACUUCAAAGUACUUAUGCUUACAUGUCUGCUGAUACAUUUGCCAAAUUGUCUAGGAGAAGAAACAAUAGAAGGUACAGUUUCACUCACUCACAAAAAUAUUGAUGAAACGUUAGCAAAGAAUGAACUGGUGUUUAUCAACUUCUAUGCGCAAUGGUGUCGCUUCAGUAAUCUAUUAGCCCCAUUAUUCGAUAAAGCUGCGAGUAAGAUUAAAGAAGAAUUUCCACAGCCAGGGAAGGUAGUAAUGGCUAAAGUUGACUGUGACCAAGAAUCGGCUGUGGCUACUAGAUUCCACAUAAGUAAAUAUCCAACAUUAAAAGUGAUAAGGAAUGGUCAGCCAACUAAGAGAGAAUAUAGAGGGCAGCGAUCAGUGGAGGCGUUCCAAGAAUUUAUCAGAAAACAAUUGGAAGAUCCUAUCAGAGAAUUCUUUGAUUUGAGAGAGCUUAAUGAACUCGACGACAAAAAGCGUAUGAUUAUAGGAUACUUUGACAGGAAGGAUAUACCAGAGUACGAAUUGUUUAAAAAAGUUGCCACUAAUUUGAAGGACGAUUGCCAAUUUCAUGUUGGCUUUGGCACAUGCUCCAAUCAAAACUGCGAUAUCGGACAGCAUUUUCAUUUGCUGAAUGCGAGUAAAGCGUUGCAUCCUCCAGGAGAAGCCAUCAUUGUCUUCCGGUCGGAUAAGGCCUUAUCUAAUGACGAAGACGAGACAUACAAUGGAAGUUUGAGCAAUUACGACGAGUUGAAUGUGUGGGCGCAAGAAAAGUGUGUACCACUUGUAAGAGAAAUAACAUUCGAAAAUGCUGAAGAGUUGACGGAAGAAGGCCUUCCGUUCCUUAUACUGUUCCAUGCUCCCGACGACGUAGAAAGUGUCAAACUGUACAAAGAUAUCGUAACUAGGACACUGAUAAGCGAAAAACAAAACGUCAAUUUUUUGACCGCCGAUGGCUUGAAGUUUGCACAUCCGUUGCACCAUUUAGGGAAAAGUCCAGCAGACUUGCCACUGAUCGCGAUAGAUAGUUUUAGGCACAUGUACAUGUUCAAGGAUUUUAAGGACAUUCACGUGGAAGGUAAACUCAAAGCCUUCCUGCAGGAUUUGUAUUCCGGGAAACUUCAUCGUGAAUUCCACUAUGGCCCGGAUGUCAAUAAUGAUGUACCGCAAGUUACGGGGAAGCAGGUGACAACACCGCCAGAGUCUACAUUCAAAAAAUUGGCACCGAGCAAAAAUAGAUAUACGUUACUUCGAGAUGAAUUGUAACAAGACGAAAGGACUAAUGUGGCGUAAUGGAAAUUCUCGUAAUUAAUUGCUAUAUAGUUUACUAAUAAAUUAAAACGAAUUGUAAUCGGAAUUGGUAAACGAGUAAAUGUUUCAACAUUCGAUAUACACAGACAUGUUUAUUUUCAUAGUGUAAUUGCAAUACGAGUCUUC